UAAACAUGGGUUUAUUUUUAGGAUCACUGACGGACACUUGGAUAUUAAUAUGCGCUUCCGGACCACUGCACUUACCGGACUCAUAUUGUGGACCGGGCGGUCAGACAGGUCGGCUGACUUUUUAGCUUUGGGAUUACAAGACGGUCGUAUUGAAGUUACUUACGAUUUAGGGAGUGGUGAAACGGUACUUAGAUAUAAUACCACUGGAUUACCUAUAAAUGAUGGACACUGGCACAGAAUGAAGUUUACUAGAGAUGAGAGAUUGAGUGCUUUAACUAUAGAUAAUGGUACGAAAAUGAUAACGAUUUCCACAGGGCGACUAAAACAACUCAACACGAAUACAGGAUUGUAUUUAGGUAAGUCUUGUUUUACUCAAUAUCCAAUAGGCACCAUUUUGAAAAUCUAUAAGCUAAAAUAUUACUUGAGUAAUACAUUAAUAAAUUAGUAUAAUUAACCUAAA